AUUCAAUAUGGAAAAGGAAGAUUAUAUAAAAUAUUUAAACAGUUGGUAUAAUAGACUUCGAAGUCGAUAUGUUGAUUUGAUUGGUGACUUUGGAGGUAGUGAAUUGUUCGUCUUAGAGGGUGAUAGUUUGCUUUACGAAUUCCUUUGCGAUCCAGAAAGUCAUUUUCUUAAUUUUAUACAACCAUAUGGCGGUGGUCAAUUUUUGUCCCUCACUUAUCUUGUAGAAACAUUUCUUAACAAACUCAAGCAACGUGGAUGCGUCUUCCAUCUCGUAUUUUUUCAUGCACAUAAAGUGAUAUGGAAUUGUGAUCCAAAAUUUCGAAUAGCUAGAGAAAUCAUAAUUAAUCAUUUAAAAUCGUGUCAACAUGAAAGUAAAGUUCCAAUUUAUGAAUUUCCGGCUUGGUGGGAUCCACAAUUUAAUCAAUAUAUCGAUGAUAGACAACCGCUAUUUAUCUUAUCUGGUGACGGAACCACUGAAGACGGUAUUAAAGAAUCAAAAAUUUUAUCAAAAAAAGGUCAAAAGAAAAUGUCAAUUCUUUUAAAGGGAUUAUUUUACCACUCACUUCAUAAAGAUCUAUCUAUGGCGCUCAUACCAGGCAUGGAGUUUAGAGAUUCCAGGGCUCAGGCUUUUGUAUUUGAUCGUGGUGGUAAUGUAGAAUCAUCAACUGUCGAAAAUAUUCCAAAUAUUGUUGAGCUAUGUUCAAAUGAGGCGAUAAAUUCAAAUGAGCUUGAAAAUCAAGCCGUAUUUUCAAAUCCAUUUAAUGAGCAAGAAAAUCAAAUUGCAUUUUUAAAUCUAUUUAAUGAACAAGAAAAUCAAAACAUACUUAAGAAUGGUGGAAGAAGACUCAUUCUGACUAUCAUAUCAUUAAUUGUUCUUUUAAAUCAAAAUUCAGAGCCAAUAUACCGCUUGCUCUCCAAACUAUUUUUACUUCAUAUUUACCUUUUGGAUUAUAUUACCUUGCAAUUAAGAACUGUGCCUUCAAUACAGGAAGAAAAUAUUAGUGGCAUUAAUGAUGUUAAUACAUUCUUAAAAAGCUUUUAUAAUUGUUGUGACAAUAUAUUAGUUAAUAAUUCGCUUAAAAAAGCCAUUAGCUAUUUUGAAGACGUGGAAAAUAACCUUGCAGAUUUUAUAGAUACUCGUCUCUUUAUAUCUCUAAUUAAAUUACAAAAAGACGGAGUUCUUGACUUUAAUAGUCUUCCAAAAGGAAUAAAGCAAGAUUUCGAUAUAGCAUGGAAAAUUUUAGAACAAUACGAUAACAAAAUCAUUAUUUUUGAUGGUUUGUUAGAUAAUAUUCAAAUUAACAAAAUUAAUAUUCCAAUUUAUGCAAAUAAAGAAUUAUCACUUCUUCCAUUUGAUUAUCCAUUUUUCGUCGAAAUUCUUGGAGAUAUGCAAUUGGAACUUGGUGAAAAUAAUAGUAGUAUUAUUGAUUUUGAAUCAUUAAAUGUAACGCAAUUAAAAAUUAUUAAGAAAAAUGGUGAUAAAAAGUCUGACAAAAAACUAUCUAAUAGCUCAAAAAAAUUGAUCGAACAAGCUGAUAAAGAUAGAUUAGACAAAUCAUUAAAAGAUGAUGAAAAUUCUUUUAAUGAUGAGAAUACAAAUUUAUAA